CCUGCAAAUUCGCGACCAGGAAACCAAAGCGAUACCGAUUGGCUACUUGUCCCCGUUUGCCAGGUCCCACGAUGGAUUUACCUGUAUUAGCUGUUGCUGGUAGUCGCUUGGCAGCAUCAAGCCUGUCAAAUUGCGGAUGCCUGGCGGUACACAGGCAAGGGGCGCUGCUUCAGGGCUUGGCGUCGUGGAGCGGUUUGGGCCACCCCGCCUCCUCAAGCUCCCAGCCCACCUCUUGCGACGCUGCUAGCGCGGGGAGCUCGGGGCGGCCCCGCGCGCACCCCAGUCAAACAACACAUGCAGCUCUUGAAGGCCAGGAUAGCACCAGCACGCAGCUACAGCAGCUCCUGCGCCGCUGCUGCCCCGCGUCGCACCUACCCUCCACCUCUUCCGCCCCCACCUCUCCAUCUGCCACCAUGCUGCUCUCAGCCUGGCGCCCCUUCCACAGCUCCACCCGGAGACCCCACCCACAAGGGCAGCCCGUUCCCUUCUCCGGACGCUCGUUCGCGAGCGCCACGACUGGUGCCCCAAGCACCAGCAGCAACAGCAACAGUAGUAGCAACAGCAGUAGCAACAGCAGCACCGGCAGUAGCAGCCGGGCGACGGGGGCCUCUGUAGACGCCAAGGAGGCUGCCAAGUUCGCGGCUCUGGCGGCGGAGUGGUGGCGCGGAGACGGCCCGUUUGCGCCGCUGCACGCGCUCAACCCGGCGCGGGUGCGCUUCGUGCGACACAGCCUUGCGGCGGCAAUGGACCUGGAUGCAGGGGCUCCGCAGCCGCUGACGGGCCUGCGAGUGCUGGACGUGGGCUGCGGUGGCGGCAUCCUGUCGGAGUCCCUGGCGCGGCUGGGGGCGCAGGUGACCGGCAUCGACGUGACGCGGGAGAACGUGGAGGCGGCCAGGCUGCAUGCGGCGGCAGACCCGGCGGUGGCGGAGCGCGUCAGGUACGAGGUGAUCUCGGUGGAAGACCUGGCGGCGGCGGCGGCGGGCGGUACGACAGGACUGUACGACGCCGUAUUGGCCAGUGAGGUGUUGGAGCACGUGGCGCGGCCGCACGCCUUCGUGGGCGUGCUGGCGUCGCUGCUGGCGCCGCGCCCGGGUGCGUCUGUCAUCAUCUCCACCCUCAACCGCACGCCCGCUGCCUGGGCGGUGGCCAUCGCGGGUGCCGAGUACGUGACGGGGGUGGUGCCUGUGGGCACACACAGCUGGAAGAAGUUCAUAACGCCCGAGGAGCUGGCGAUCAUGGGAGACGCCGCGGGGCUGCAGGUGUGGCACGCUGCCGGCAUGGCGCCGCUGGGCCCCGCCCUCAGCUGGACCCUCACACCCGACCUGGGGGUCAACUACAUCGCCAGCCUGAGGCGCCGAGACGAGCUGCAGCUGCAGCAGCAGCAGCAGCAGCAGCAGCAGCAGCAGCAGGGGGAGCAGCAGGGGCAGCAGGGGCAGGGGCAGCAGGGGGAGGCGGCAGUGCAGGGGCAGGGUCAGGAGGCGCGGGGGGCGGCGGCGGUGGUGGUAGGAGGCGCCAGCGGCAUGGAGGCACCGGGGAUGGGGCUGCCGUGAAGCGUGUGUAGUGGCGCGUGUGGCAUAGGAAUAAGGCAUCGCAGGGAGAGGGGACGAGAGCUUGACAAAUUUGCGGACGCAAAGCCGCUCGGUUUCGGGGCUGAAAGUUCAACCAAGUAGCUCUGUUGAGGUAUGCGGCAAUAGCGGCCGAAAGGUGGACGCGCUGCUCUGGUCGUCAGGUGAGGCGCUGCUUGAUUGUACACUGGCCACUGGUGGAGUUUGCGGCGGCGCACGCGGCGGGCAGCCUUGCAGCUUUGCGCUGUGGGGUCGCGGCGCGGCGCGGCUACAGCCACUGGGUGCUGCGGCUUCUGGCGGAUGAGAACGCUGGCUUGGUGACCGCGCUGACGGCCGCCGGUGUGACAGGCCGGGCCGCGGCGGCGUUCAAGACGGCGUGUGGCUGGGGCGACAGCUGGCGCAGUGACCUGGAGGCGAUGCUGCGUCACGAGCCGGUGAUGUUGGCCCUGGCUGCCCACGCGCCGGAGCAGCUGGGAGAGUACGGUACAGCGUGGAGGCGUGUCGGGGGGGGGGCUCAAGGUGUUGAGGCUGCUGCUGGCUCAUGAGGGCUCUAUAUGGCAGCGGUGGCGACGGCCCGUGCGAUGCCGUAGCUGGUGGAGGCGGUGCGGAAGGCACGUGUGUACGGGGGCGCGCACGGGGCAGCAGUGCUGGCGGCGCUGAGGGGGCACGGCGCGUCUGUGGGUGCGUUGAGGGGGUGCCUUAAUUGCCUCCACAGAUCGACGGCUUUGCUGGGUGCGGAGGAAGGUGGGGCCCGUUCGUUCGCUCAAACGCUGUAAAUCUACUUGAUA